GCUGUAGAGGCAAGCGCGUCUUGUUCUGGUUGUAAAAGCACGCAGCAAGCUCCUGGUGGCCUGUUGUCUACUCACGUUGUCCGCCGGGUGGAUUCUUGCUUCAGUCUAUACAGGACAAAGACAAGCUAUGGACUCUUGAGGCCCGAAUUUAAGUCUAUCGAAGGCCAACUUCCCACAGUGGAUGCUCAUCACGCAGGGCAGCUACCUGCUGUGUCCAGCUGUAAUUUUUUUCUUUACAUUACCCCAAUGGAACACUUGCUACACACAACAAGAAGGACAUCUGGACGUUAAAAAUUUACAGACUGAUGGAACAAUGGGACUAGUUUCUACUUUAACAUUGCCCACGAGGACAACGUCAAGAUGAUCAAAGAUUCUCUGUGCAGUCUGAGGCGCAGCCCUGUCAUAUCGUGGUCCAUAUGAGACCUUGUGUUGACACCAGAUAAGGGCCACCUGGGGCCACGACGUGGAGCUUGAGACUUCUUCUGCUCUACACAUCUUACUCUAACAAUCAAGAAGACCUCACCGCUCCUUUGUCGUCAACAUGGAGCUGUUCUUCAACCCCUUUGACAGCUUGGUGUGUAUCCUUCUGGGUAUCUCCUUCACCGUGUGGUUCACGUUGCUGCUCGUCUUCAUCAUCGUGCCCGCCAUCUUAGGGGUGUCUUUUGGCAUUCGACGUCUCUACAUGAAAUCAUUGUUAAAGCUCUUUGAGUGGGCUACAGUGAGGCUAGAGAGAGGAGCCAAAGAAAAGAAUCAUCCCUUGCACAAACCCUACUCAAAUGCUAUCAUUGCAAAAGAGCCCACUUCUUUGGAAGAAGAGAUCAAGGAAAUUCGGCGCAGUGGCAGCAACAGAGACCUGGACUCGGCCCCUGAGUUUGAGAUGUCUGAUAUCUUCUACUUUGCUCGGAGAGGAGUGGAGAGCAUCAUGGAUGAUGAAGUGACUAAGCGGUUCUCUGCGGAGGAAUUGGAGUCUUGGAAUCUGCUGACACGCAGCAACUACAACUUUCACUACAUCAGUCUGAGGUUGACAGUCCUGUGGGGACUGGGCCUAUUGAUCCGCUAUGGUUUUCUGCUGCCUCUCAGGGUAACCCUUGCCUUCACUGGUGUUGGCCUGCUGGUAUUCCUCACCUCUGUUAUAGGCUUAUUGCCCAAUGGAAGGAUAAAAAGCACCCUGAGUGAAAAAGUUCAUCUUAUGUGCAACAGAAUAUGUGUCAGAGCUCUGACCGCCAUCAUAACAUACCAUGACAGUGAAAAUAAACCCAAAAAUGGAGGAAUAUGUGUUGCCAACCAUACGUCACCAAUUGAUGUAAUCAUUCUGGCCAGUGAUGGCUGCUACGCAAUGGUGGGCCAAAUUCACGGGGGCCUGAUGGGAGUCAUUCAGAGAUCCAUGGUGAAGGCCUGCCCUCACAUUUGGUUUGAACGCUCAGAGGUCAAAGACAGACAUCUUGUGGCCAAAAGGUUGAGUGACCAUGCACAAGAUAAAUCUAAACUUCCCAUUCUCAUUUUCCCAGAAGGUACAUGCAUUAACAACACAUCAGUAAUGAUGUUUAAGAAAGGCAGUUUUGAAAUCGGAGGCACAGUGUACCCUGUAGCCAUCAAGUAUGAUCCCAGAUUUGGAGAUGCCUUCUGGAAUAGCAGCAAGUUUGGAAUGGUCAACUACCUCUUACGUAUGAUGAGUAGCUGGGCCAUUGUCUGUAGUGUAUGGUACCUUCCUCCUAUGUCCAGAGAGGAAGGGGAGGAUGCUGUACAGUUUGCCAAUCGAGUCAAAGCGGCCAUUGCCAGGCAAGGAGGACUGGUGGACCUUUUAUGGGAUGGAGGGUUAAAGAGAGCAAAAGUAAAAGAUACAUUUAAAGAAGAGCAGCAGAAGCUCUACAGUAAAAUGUUGGUAGGAACCCAGGAGGAUCGAAGUCGCUCAUGAAGGACUUGUGAGGAUGUUGACUGGCUCAAAAACCCUUGUAGGGAAGCGCUGACUGCCUAUGAAGUCCGUUGUUCACCCUCUAUAUUCGGGGCUCCUAGACUGUGUGCAGUUUGUAGCGUUGUUUCGCAUCCUUCAGAGCCUGCUGCUCUUUGGGAAGUACAUGAGACAAGGCUAGUUCACGUAAAAAGGGGGAAAUUGUGCUCUUAGAUGGAUAUAAAGUCUUCCUUCUGUUUGAGGAAAACCUUGUAAUAUCUGUCAUUGAGUACCGGUCUUUCUGUUUUGUACAUUUUUUUAUGUUUGUAUUUCAGCUAUGUUAAUUUUGCAAACCCAGGUAUACAUAGCUACAUAAGAGUUCUGGACUACAGAAACAAUUUGAGGUUUUGCAUGACUUACCAGACUUUGUUACAUUUACAACUAUUUUUAUGAGCUUUUUUCCAAGAAACAGAGUCUUGUAUCUUGAGCUUUGUGUUUUACAUGAAGGCUUGUAUCUGCACAUGAUUACAACAGCAGCAACUUAUUUUACUGAAUUAUAGUCUGUGUUUUUUUCCAUGGAAUGUGUAAAUGCUCACACAUUGUGAAGUGGAAACUGCAACUGUUACAGCUAAUGAUGGUGUACUUUGAAUCAAUUUACAAGAUAAGAUAUUUAAAUUAUCAAUGCCCAUCCUAAAAAAAACUGUGCCACUGGUCUCUUAAAUGCCUAAUUAGAAUAAUAGCAAGCAGCUAACAUUCACUAAAACACUCCCAAACAGACUCCAAUGCCUAUUUUCUGCAACAAUGUUGUCUAAUUUAUUUUAAGUGACCUCCAAAGGCUAUUGUCUUGAUUUCCUUUGCUUUGGUGAACUUUCUCCUACUUGGCAGCCUCUUCAAGAAGAGUGUCGCUGUAAUGUGGCCUCCCAACAUGAUUGCGUCAGAAAAAUAAACAUUUGAGAAUCA